AUGAAGAAGAUGCUAAACGACCAGAUAGGCAUGGAGGGUUACGCUUCGAGCUAUUACCUCUCGAUGGCGUCGUGGUGCGACACCAUGGGCUACGAGGGAGCGGCCAGCUUCUUUUAUGCCCAAUCUGAUGAGGAGAGACAGCACAUGCUGAAGAUCGUCUUACACCUGAACAACAUAGGGGCCGCCGUGACGAUUCCGGCGAUAAAACAGCCCCCCAAGGACUACAAGUCUCUAGAAGACAUGUGUAAGGCCGCGCUGGUAAACGAGCAGGCUGUCACGGUAGCGUUUGCCAGAAUGGCCGAGUACGCCCAGAAGGAGGGGGACUACAGCACCUUUGCGUUCCUGCAGUGGUAUGUGAACGAGCAGGUGCAAGAAGAGACGGUAUUGGAGACAAUGCUGCAAAAGUUUGAUCUGGUUGGCAGGGACAAGCCGGCUCUGGUGGAGAUCGACCGGAUAAUAGGCUCCAUGGUCACUAAGAGCAACAAGGCCGAUGCGGCCUAG